UGACGCUUUUAGUAUCUACACUGGCUGUACACUGAGCCUCCUAGUCAAGGCCCUACACUUCAUAUGAAUUAUUUGUGAUAUGAACUUGUUUAUUGAAAAGGAAAGUGUAGCUAGUGCAAUUGAAGAUGGCAUUAAUGUUUACCGAAACACAAAGUAUCAAAAGGGCUGUAGCUUUGAUAAAUGAUAUAGAUGCUUCAAAGUUUCCACGGUUACUGUCAAGAAUUCUUCAGAAACUUCAUUUGAAGGAUGAGAAACCGUUCACAGAGGAAGAAGAGGAAAUGUUAGAAGGUGCAUUGGAUUUACAGCCUGCAAACUUACAACUGGUACUACAGACUACAGCCUUCAUUUUACAACAGGCUGCAUACCAUCUCGCAAAACCUGCUGUUCUUUCACAACAACUGCGUAAUAUAGGACUAGAGGAUGACAAGAUUUCUGUGUUCGUCAAAGCUUGGACAUCUGGUGGGAAGAAUGUAGUUGAUAAGCUACGACAGCGGACAUUACCACCAAACCAGCUUUCAGAGGUAAAGUGGCGGUUAAAUCUUGAAAUGUCAGAAGCAAGACAAGCUAAGAUGAAGCUACCGAAUGCUAUAUUUGAACUUGGAAUCAGUAAAGACAACGGUGCUAAUGACAGAGUUCGCAUUGAAUUUAAUCAUCAACAGUUAUAUGAAUUCUAUAACCAGCUAGAAAUGAUCCAGGGGCAACUUGAUUCUCUGAGCUGAUGGACAAUGGUAGUAUGGAGCCUCAUCCACUGUAAGUGACCCUCUUGCAAGCUGAAACUAUUGUGUUCGAUUCCACAUUCAUCCUUCAAUGACUGUUUGAAAUGUAAACAUCCUGUGUCCUUGAUUGGAUGCGAUGCAGCAUAUGAGUUGCAAAAAGGCCACUUAUUAAAGAUGCAGGCUCACAACAAAGAGAACAUAGUGUAGUCACAGACAGGUGAGCAUGGUCACAGAUGAGCGACCGUGGUCAUAUCAGAAGCUGCAAAUUACAUUAAAAAGUUUUAUAAUGUAAACAUAAAUAUAAAUAUUCAUUAUGUGAAGAUAUAUUAUUAACUAUAAGAUUAGCUAUUGAGAUUUUCUGUGAAUUAAAAUCAUGUAUCUGCCUGACCUUGCCUCUGCAGUCUGGUCAUACUAAAUUGUUAUACAAAUAUUGUGAAAUGGAGACACUACAGUAGGUAAUAAUAGAAGUGUAGAGGGCAAUAAUGCAGCAUGCCAGGCAAUAUUGGAAAAUCUGUGCCCACUCUGGUUAGGAAAAUAAGGUUGAAAAUAAAGUUUUGCAUCAAAGAUAUAUUAUUAACUUGAUUAACUAUUUAGAUUGUCUUGAAUCAAAACCAUGUGGCUGCCUGGCCUUGCCUCUGCAGUCUGAUACUAAAUUGUUAUACAAAUUUAUGUCUGUUUCAAAGAUGCAUUAUCAGCGAACAAAUCAACAAUAAUAAUAAUAGUAACUGUAAUAAGCAGAGCUGUAAAAAGUUGGUGGUCCUGGGUCUGGGACUUGAGUAUUUUAGGGCUGGGCUAGCAAAAAAUACAUUUAAACUAGACCAAUAGUCAAUAGCUGAUAUAUAAGAGCUAGCAAUUAUUUUAGCAAAACUAGACCUUGGUCCAGCAAAAAAAAAUUAACUUUCUACAGCUCUGAAUAAGUAAUUGUAAAGUUAAUGUUUUGUGCCUCAGCCACUAAAUUUGCUUUGUUUAUGUUUUAAGAAAGCUAUUAUGCAGGAAUUGAUUCACAGUAAAGUAACAAUUUACACUUUAUCAAAAUGAAAAAUAAAGGAUCAAACCAAAUAUUUGUAGAUUAAUUACUGCUUUAUUAAUAUUUUGUCCAAAUUUAAUUCUAAAAAUUAUUACUUUCAAUGAUUAUUUUCAUGGUUUUGGAAAAUGAUCAAAUAGAUCAAAUGUUGAAUCAUUAAAAUGUUCCUUUUUGGAGUUACUGUGUUUUUGUUUUAUUUAAAAAUUAUUUAACUAUUGAGAUUUUCUGUGAAUUCAAAUCAUGUAUCUGCCUGACAGUGGCUCUGCAACUUGUUCAUACUAAAUUGUUAUACAAAAAUUGUGAAAUGGAGAAACAUUAAUAGCAGUGAAGUGGGCAAUAAUGCAGCAUACUAUGUAAUAUUGGAGAAUCUGUGCCCACUCUGGGUAGGAAAAUAAGGUUGAAGAUUAAAGUUAUUGCAUCAUGAUUGACUUAUGAUUAUUCAUUUAUUAUUAGUAUUAUUUGUGAUUUGUGAUUUCAUUUUAAGACUUGAAUCAAACUAAAAUGUUCAAUUCCUACCUCGGAAUUAUAUUUAGUUUACUUAAAUUAAGUAUCUUUUUAGAACUUUAAUUUUGUAAAUAAUGGAUGCACUGUCGUGUGGACGAGUGCCGCUGUACUAAAAGCGUUUGCUCCAAUAAAUUUGAUUUGAUUUGAUUUGUACAUGUACAGUAUAUGAUUUUAUGGGGCAAAUUUAAUUUUGCUGUUAGUUCAUAUUGAAAUAAAUGGAAAUUUAUAAAGAA